AUGAGCGACUAUAUUGUUGUCAACUUCUUCGCUAUAAGCAAUAUAUAUAAUGGCGAGAAGAUCUGGGUACCAGCCCUAAACAAGGUCCUCCGAACAAGAGAUGUCAUAUUUGACGAGAAGAUUGUGUACGACCCUAGUACGGAGGAUACCAGUCUUCUUCAUCGUCAAGAACUUCAGUUCCAGUUCGAGGAACUAGAGGUCGCCUUUCCGGAUUCUCAGGCAGAAGACUUACCUAUAGACUCUGACCAGAAGAGACUGAUCCUGGUCCAUCUGAGGGGGUGCAAGAACAACAAGAACAACAAGAACAACAAGAACAACAAGAACAACAAGAACAACAAGAACAACAAGAACAACAAGAACAACAAGAACAACAAGAACAACAAGAACAACAAGAACAACAAGAACAACGCCAAUCAUCACCAGAGUCUGCUCAAGCUUUCACUCCACCAACCCCAGAGUCAGCAGAACAGGCAACUAUCACUAUUAAACCUGAGAUCAUUAUAUCUCUGUUGCCUUCUCCACAGCCUACCGCUAUCACGCCAGAUCCAACUUAAGGAUCAACAGCAAGACAAGGUCGCCCUAUAG